AUGUCUAAUCAUCAAGUACGGGAAUCUUUAUCUUUUGCUUUGAAAUUUGAAGAUGAAAAGCACUAUGUAGAAGCCUUUGCUCAGUAUUUGUGUUGUAUUGAUUUGAUCACUUCACAAUUGAGAGAAUUAACCAUUCCGAUGAAUAUUUCGCAUGUGGAUUUGUAUUCUCAAGAUGUUCAGUUGAAAACGGAUCAAUUAUUUUAUUUUGCAAGGGAGUGUUUGUAUCGGAGUGAAAUCAUAUUCAAUGAUAAGAGAUCGUAUUUCGGAGGAGGAAGUGAUUCAGGAAAAGUUUUAACUGAUCACUCAAAGGACUUGAAUCAUCAUGAAAAAGAAUCAAUACCAUCAUGGCUCUACAAUCCAAAUGUUCAUCCUUCUUCAAAUAUUUAUCCAUCCAUAUCUUCAUCAACAAACCAAAAUUAUGGAAAUAUCGGAAAUGGAGGUGGAUUGUUAUUGGGUGAAGGCUUUGACAAAACCGAACAGAAAUAUCAAAAAUUUGAUAACAACAAGACGAUCUCAACAAUGCAACCUGUAGUUACGAAACCAUCAUCAGAAAUCAAUACUCAAAAUUCCAACAAGACGACAACACCUCUAAACAAAUCGAUCAUUCAACCCAAACAAUUAGAAACAGUGAAUGUAAAUACAAGAAAUUCCUCACCAAGAAGAACUCCUCCACCUUUAAAAAAAAGUAGCAGUAUAUCAUCACCUUCAGAUUUAAAAUCUUCGGCGGCUGCUGCUAGUAGCUCAGCAACCACAGGUAAUUCAAACACAAGCCCAAACAAUGCAAGUUCAAAAGCACCACCCAAACUGCCUUCGAAAUUGUCUGCAAAAAAUUCUGAAAUGACAUCAUCGAAAUUAUCUUCACAAAGUGACAAUAUACAACAAGAACCGCCCAUGACAUCGCUUAGUGACCAGCAACAAACCUUGGAAAAUUUGACGUUUGUGAAACAACAAAUUGCUUACUACGAUGCUAUCAACAAAAAUCUUGAAAAUAGUAAUAACACAGCAAUUCGAAAAACUAACUCCUUCUCAGCAGCAAUUUCGUCCUCACGACAGUCACUUUCUUUCUCAGAAACGAUUCCAAAUAGUAACACCUUAAUGACUUCAUCCAGUAGCUUACCGGAAACGACAACUGAUAAGGACAACAUCAACACUACAUCCGUAGCUACUCCCAGACCAUUUGUCAAUCGGUCACAACGCAGCUCUGAGGAUCUUUCAUCGUCAAAUUCACAUGCAAGCAACCCCAGACUUUCACUUCGUUUAACAACAACAACUGCCAAAGAUUUAUUCACUUCUCCCAGAGGAACUGCAAAGCCAAGCAGCAGCGAACAUCGACGAUCACUAUCACAACGAAUGAUUAGUAGUAUCAACAAACGAGAUCUUACCAACAAAUUUUCUGAAGAAGAACACAAAUACUUGACCUUUGUGUUCCACAUCAUUGAUUCACAAUCCAAGGAUAGCUAUUUGGAUUUGUGUGAAUUUACGCAACACUUGUCGCUGUUAGCUUUUGAUAGAACCUUCAUGUUUGACUUUAACGCUCCGUAUCCUACCAUCAAAAAGUCUAAAAUACAGCCAACAUUUGCCGGACGAUUAUUUAAUGCACUGGAUUUAAACAAGAGCGGAUCUAUUGAAAUAUUUGAUUUUAAAGAAUCAGCCUCAACGCUCUAUUCUAACGUUGGGGUAGAGGAACAAGCAAAACUUGGUUUCAACAUUUUUGACAGAGACAAUGACGGAAUUGCCACAAAACAAGAUUUUAUCACUGUGUUUCAGCAAAUUUUCUCGACACUUGACUUUAUUGGACUUUACAAAAAUGCAACCACCGAUGGAUCUAAUUCUCCAUCCAGUUUUUUACUUGUUGGCCAUUCUGAAAUAUUGUCACAUGCCGUCACUAUUGCAGAGAAAAUAUUUUCAAGCAUCGAUCAAACGAAUAAUGGCUCGAUCACUGUUGCAGAAUAUUGCAAAGCGGUGAAGGAGAAUCCAUUCUUAAUACUAGGAUUUUCACAAAUACCUAUUAAUGACUCGUUAAAACUCAAGCUAACACGAAAUUUAUCAAGAAACGGAGGACAACCUGUGUUUUUCGGCCAUCCUUCGUUCCACAAAGUGUUAUCAAUGAUGAUUGGAAUUCGUCUUUCUCAAGAAAUACGGCCAAGCAUAUCAGGUCCAUACUUGACCGAUAGAGAUUUUAAAUUUAUGAACACCUUUGAACUUACGCCACCAAAAUUUUUAAGAUGUAUCCAACCACCUAUCCACUAUAAUCUUGAUGAUCCCAACACCAAGUACAUUGAUGAACAGACAACAUUUACUGAUUGUGCUCCUCUUGUGUUUAAGAAUAUUCGAGCUCUCUUUGGAGUGAGUGAAGAGGAAUAUGCACUUUCAUUUGGACCAGAAAUGCUUUUCAGUAACUUAUUAAUGGGUAAAUUAACCACCCUAAGCGAGCGCUUAACUGAUGGAAAGAGUGGUAAUUUCUUUUUCUAUACUCACAACGGUCGAUUUUUAUGCAAAACCAUAUCCUCAGCCGAAUUUGAAACAACCAUGGAAUUUUUAGGAAAUUAUUAUUCCUACUUGUACAAUAACCGAGAAACAUUAUUGACCAAAAUUUAUGGACUGUACAAAAUUAAUGAUAUUUGUUUCAUUGUCAUGGGCAAUGUUUUCGAUACACAACUUCCCAUUGACAAAAUUUAUGACCUAAAAGGCAGCACUAUUGGAAGAUACAAUUCCACAGGAGUUGGAAUUUUGAAAGAUUUAAAUUGGAAAGACACUGACAAGACCAUGCGCAUUCAAGAUCCCCUCAAAAAAGAACGCUUGUUGAAACAAAUCAUGGAUGACACAAAAUUCCUCGAACGCAAUGAAAUUAUUGACUAUUCUCUCCUCGUUGGUAUUCAUGAAACGAAAAAAUUCCGUGAAAAACCAAUCCACUACCAAGAUCCCAUCUAUACCACACUUCCUUCAUCAUCAUUCAGAACGUUCUAUCAAGAAGAUUAUGGAGGCAUGCUUUCGACGAAUCAAGGAGAAGAAAUUUAUUUUGUGGCCAUCAUUGACAUUCUCAUUCAGUAUGGUUUGAAAAAGAGAGGUGAAAAUCUAAUCAAGACCAUCUAUUUUGGAGAGGAGAGUGGAAUUAGUGUGGUUGAUCCGAAUAUGUAUGCAGGAAGAUUUUUGAAUUUUAUGAAGAGUAUUGUGGAGUAA